UUCUCUUAUAAUCCUCAGAUUUUCUCAUUCUGUUUCUCUCUCUAAAACUCCAUCACAGGAGUUAGGACAGAGAAACCAAACCCUCCAAACUCUCUCUCUCUCUGACUAAUCUCAACCUCAAUUCCCUUCCUUCCAUGGAGUCUUCCUACACCUCAUCUCCUUCUUCUUCUUCCUUCUGCUCUUCAACUUCAUCCGACUACUCUACUGGAGCUUCCACCGACACUAAUUCCAAACCUCAAACAACCUCUCCUUCUUCCUCUGUACGACGAGCUCUGCUUCUGGUUCAGUCAGACGAAGUUGAAUCGAAGCUCCAAGGUGCUCGAGAAAUUCGGCGUCUUACUAAAACAUCACAGCGAUGUCGUCGGUUGCUUUCUGAUUCUGUCCUUCCGCUUAUAAAUAUGCUCCGAGUUCGUGACUCGCCCGAGUUGAACGAGUCGGCUCUUCUCGCCAUACUCAACCUCGCCGUUCGCGACGAAAUGAACAAGACGAAAAUUGUUGAAGCCGGAGCAUUAGAACCAAUAAUCAGUUUCUUAACCUCCGAAAAUUCGAAUCUACAGGAGUAUGCAGCUGCUUCUUUGCUUACUUUAUCUGCUUCCGCAAAUAACAAGCCAGUUAUUGGUGCUUCCGGGGCGAUUCCUCUACUUGUCGAAACCCUUAAACAUGGGAGCUCACAAGCCAAGGUUGAUGCUGUAAUGGCACUUUCGAAUCUCUCUACAUAUCCCAACAACCUCAGCACCAUUCUAGAAUCAAAACCGGUCCCAUCCAUCAUUAGUUUGCUUAAAAGCUGUAAGAAAUCUUCAAAGCCUGCUGAAAAAUGCUGCGCUCUGAUAGAAUCUUUGGUGAGUUUCGACGAGGGAAGAUCUGCCUUAACGUCUGAAGAGGGUGGAGUUCUUGCAGUUAUCGAGGUGCUCGAAAACGGCUCUCUUCAGAGCCGUGAACACGCUGUCGGUGCCUUACUGACAAUGUGUCAAAGUGACCGUUGUAAAUACAGGGAACCGAUUCUGAAAGAAGGAGUAAUCCCGGGACUUCUUGAACUAACAGUACAAGGAACACCGAAAUCUCAGUCAAAAGCACAAACCCUUUUGAGGUUACUAAGGGACUCUCCGUACCCGAGAUCUGAACUGGAACCAGACACUCUAGAGAAUAUCGUGUGCAACAUAAUCUCGCAGAUCGAUGGAGACGAACAAUCUGGAAAAGCUAAGAAGAUGCUAGCCGAGAUGGUGCAAGUUAGCAUGGAGCAAAGCUUGAGACAUUUACAGCAAAGGGCUCUGGUAUGCACACCAACCGAUUUACCUAUCAAUGCUAGUUGUACUUCUGAAGUUUCCUCAAAGUAACUGUUUUUUUUUAUUUUCAUGAUGUUUUGUGAUAUAUAUAUAUAUUAAGUUGUCUAUAGAAAAAACGAACCAUCCCUCUUGAGAAAAAUGAAACUAUAGUGAUAUAAAGUAAGAGAUGCCAGUCCAGGCCUUUGUGGUGGUGUCGAGUGACUGGUGAGUGUCAAUAAAAUUAUGUUUAUGUCAGUUUGUUUUGUGUUUGUAAAGAAAACUUGUUGUUGUAUCAAAUUAUGAAAUUCGAGGGCUUGUGUCGUUUUUGUUUUA